CCCGCGCGAGCCAAUAAAGAGGUUGAACCACUUUGACUUGGAGCAGUGUAAGUUCUGGGCCUUUCGGCUUUUGGAAUUGGAAGCUCCCAAACCCAUCAAUGGCUGGGUCCAGUUCCACCCCCGGAACAAGUUCGUCCAACUCCUCGUCAGCUCCUCUUCCUCCCAAGAUUCUUUUGGCCAAACCGGGACUCGUAACCGGAGCACCGGUGGCCGCUAAGUUUGGCCGUGGAGGUGCUGGAGAUGACGAUACGGCGUCGCUUCGUUCCCGUCUCCCUCCUAUCGGUUCUCUUAACCUCCUCUCUGAUUCCUGGGACUUCCACAUCGAUCGCUUCCUCCCCUUUUUGACGGAAAAUACAGAAUUUACGGUGGUUGGGGUGAUUGGUCCGCCUGGGGUGGGCAAAUCGACGAUUAUGAACGAGCUUUAUGGUUUUGAUGCGACCACGCCUGGGAUGCUACCGCCAUAUGCAACACAGUCUGAGGAGGCUAGGGUUAUGGCAAGGCAUAGUAGUAUAGGAAUUGAACCCAGGGUUUCUGCUGAACGCUUUAUACUUCUCGAUUCCCAGCCUGUGUUUAGUCCUUCUGUAUUGGCUGAGAUGAUGAGACCAGAUGGUUCAUCCACCAUUCCCGUUCUAAGUGGUGAAUCUUUGUCUGCUGAGUUGGCUCAUGAAGUUAUGAGCACUCAGCUUGGUGUUCUUCUCACAUCCAUUUGUCACAUUUUGUUGGUUGUAUCAGAGGGAGUUCAUGAUUACAAUAUGUGGCGCUUAAUGUCAACGGUGGACUUGUUGAAACAUGGCAUACCUGACCCAUCUUCACUAAAUACCCAUUCUCAGAGCUCUAAUAUAGGGCCCGAAAAAGAUAGCAAAGAUAAGGUUCAUGAAGGUGGAGAAUAUAUGGCUGCUCCAGUUUUUGUGCAUACUAAAUUGCAGCAUCAAGAUCUUUCUCCGCAAAAUUUUGUGCAUCUGAAGAAGGCACUUGCAGAAUAUUUCAGCACUUCUUCGUUCAUGAGAGAAAAGCAUGGAAAUGUGACCAAAGAGCAUGCCGUUUCUUCUGUGGUCAACCCAAGUCAGGAUCCGGAUUCCGUGGUGCCAAGUUUGUUCGUUAUCCCAAUUAAGAAUAAAGAUGACUCCCCAAGAGAUCAGUAUGAAAGUCAUUACUCAAUGCUAUGGAAAUUGCGAGAUAAGGUUUUAUCCAUGAAUGGCCCUUCAUUUGCAAGGACUCUGAGUGAGCGCGAUUGGUUGAAAAAUUCUGCAAAGAUAUGGGAACUAGUGAAGAACUCGCCAAUUAUCGCAGAGUACACUAGAACACUUCAAAGUUCCGGUUUUUUUAGGAGGUAGAAGAAGGAUAGGAUGAUGGUUUUGUGUUUGUUUGGGCAUUGCCUAGCAUGUUUUAAUGCUUUAAAUCUGUAAUUUAUUUUAACACACUCUCUGACUGGUUUUGGACCGUCGAAAUAAAAAGGGGGAUAAGAAUCAUUCAGUUUGUAA